AUGGCCUUCAUCUUCACCUGCGGAACACACACCUUCAACUCACUGCUUGCCGGGCAUGAGAACAUCACAGCGCAAUGCCAGAACUGCGGCAACUUCACAGCCAAAGUUUACAAGAGAUGGGAGUGGUUCACCUUCUGCUUUGUCCCUCUCAUACCAUUCUCCCUAAAGCCACAUCACGAAGUUGGUUGCCACAUCUGUCACUUUUACCAAGACGUCAUGCAUCGACCAGACGUACAACAAAUGAUGAACGAUCCCAACAGUGCCAACAACCCUCAGUCAUCUCAACAGAUUCCGAUGCAGCCGUACGGAGCACCUCCACAGCAGUACAAAGCACCACAGGGACCUCCUCAGUACGUAUAA